AAAUUUUCAAUUAGUCACAGACGUGAUGAAAGCAGAGAAGCAGCAGAAGCAGUGAUUUCGUAAUCUUUGGAUGCAAUGGAGUCGUGGGAGGCUUUAAAUUAAAAUGUGACCGUUAUUAAUUUAUAUUUGAUAGUACUUUGAGAUUUGAGUGUAGAAGGCUGGAUAAAAAAAUUGUGUGCCUCUUAUUUUAAUCAGUACUGUGUUUCUUACGUUACGCUUGUGGAAGCAUGUAAUAAGUCGAAGAAACUGCUUUGUUUACAUUUAGGGUGUGAUCAAUUUUCUGCUCGAGAGAGCGUUUUAAUUUUUAUGUAUUAUUUAUUUGAUUUAUAACAGGAUGGUGAUAAAGUCUUCAAUGCGUCGCAGUGUCAGAAUUUUAUUAGUUGGUGAUAGAGGUGUGGGUAAAACAUCUUUGAUACUUUCGCUUGUUAGUGAAGAAUUUCCUGAGGAUGUUCCAUCAAAAGCGGAAGAAAUAACAAUUCCAGCGGAUGUCACCCCAGAACAAGUUCCUACUCACAUUGUUGACUAUUCAGCCGCGGAGCAGUCGGAGGAGUCGCUGUGUGAGGAGAUGCAGCGUGCCCACGUGAUCUGCGUGGUGUACUCGGUGGACGACGAGGACACCCUGGACCGGGUGACGACGCGGUGGUUGCCGCUCGUCCGGGACUGCUGCUCGGACUGUCGCGUCCCCGUCAUCCUGGUGGGCAACAAGGUGGACCUGGUCGACUACUCCACCAUCGACGCUGUUUAUGCAAUAAUGGAGGAUUUCCCAGAAGUGGAAAGUUGCAUUGAGUGCUCUGCAAAGACUUUAAAAAAUAUCUCAGAAAUGUUUUACUAUGCUCAGAAAGCAGUAUUACAUCCAACAUUGCCUCUUUAUGUGAUAGAUCAACAAGAUCUCACUGAAGGUUGUAAAAAAGCAUUGAAGAGAAUAUUCAAGAUAUGUGAUGUAGACAACGACGGCAUCCUCAACGACGCAGAGCUGAAUGCCUUCCAGCGGCUGUGCUUCAACGCGCCACUCCAGCCACAGGUGUUGGAGGACGUGAAGGCAGUGGUCCAGCGGAACUGCCCGGACGGCAUCGCGGCAGAUGGCAUUACUCUCACAGGAUUUUUGUUUCUCCACUGCCUGUUCAUUCAGCGGGGACGAAAUGAAACUACAUGGACAGUACUUCGUAAGUUUGGCUAUAACGACAGUUUACAAAUGUCAAGAGAUUAUCUCCAUCCCAGUAUCCGCAUCCCGGCCGGUUGCACCACGGAACUCUCCCACAAGGGUCACCAGUUUGUAAGCUCUCUCUUCGAACGCUACGACAAGGAUAAGGACGGAGCUCUCUCGCCUAAAGAAAUUGACAAUCUGUUCUCUUCAUGCCCUGCCCCUCUUUGGGGACCCGACUUUCAUAGGACUGUCACGACAAAUGCACACGGCUGGAUUACGUUGAACGGUUUCAUCUGUCAGUGGGUACUGGUUACUCUGUUGGACCUGUCCCGAGCUCUGGAAUACUUUGCGUACCUUGGUUACAACACUUCAGAAAAAGACAACCAGCUGUCAGCAAUCCAAGUUACAAGAGAAAAGCGAUUGGACUUGGCUAAGAAGCAGUCAUCUCGCAACGUUUACCAGUGUCAUGUUAUCGGGCCACAGAAUUCUGGGAAAUCAAUGUUUUGUCGAAGUUUUAUAGGACACACAUUGGAGAAGACAUUUGCUCCGGAGCUGGCGGGCAACCCUCAGUGCACUGUGAACGUGGUGCAGGUGUACGGACAGGAGAAGUACUUGGUCCUGCGAGACAUCGAUGUGCGCAACGUUUCCGACCCACUGCUGCCUGCUGAGGUGCAGUGCGACGUGGCGUGUCUCGUGUACGAUGUCAGCAACCCCAAAUCAUUUGAAUAUUCUGCCAGGAUUUAUCUCAAAUACUUUGUGGAAAGCAAGAUACCUGUGUUGAUUGUAGCCAACAAGAAUGACCAGGAAGAAGUGUCUCAGGAAUACCUUCUUCAACCCUCUGAUUUCUGUAGCCGCCAUAAAUUACCUCCUCCACAUCCCUUUUCUGCUUCAAAUAAGAUCAAACGGGACGUGUUCGUCAAACUGGCUACAAUGGCUGCCUUUCCCCGUUUUCAUGCAGCUUGGAUUUUGUUCUACAAAACCAGACACAUGAAGCAACUUGGGUUUCUCCGAGGAGAUUCUGUCGUCUGGUGGAAGGCAGGCUUGGGUCUUGCUGCUGCAACUGCGAUCGGUCUGUUUGUUGUCAAAGUGCUUAAAACGGACAAGAGCUAGUUGCAGUUGGCUUUCUGCAGGGGGUAAGGAAAUGUGAGCUUGCAUCUGUCUUCUGAACUCUGUCACAGAACUCGUGUAUAAAUCUAGUGUUUUGGAGAUUAUGGUAGAUUUCUGUUCACAGAAUUAAGGUAAAAACAAAACCCUAAAGUUUUUUUUUUUUUUUUUUUUUUUUUUUUUUUUAGUUUGCAAAGUAAAGGACUUUAAUUCAGUCUGGUAAACUGUACAGGACUGAAUAACAGUGGAGUAGAAAAAAGAAAAGUGCAAAAUUGUGUACUGUGUUGUGUUAGAGUACGUUAAAAUGUGCUUAUGAGAUCAGGAUUGUGUUAUACAGUUUUAAGCCUACCAUAGUUUAAAAAAAAAAAUUACUUUUACAACCAAAUUAAGUACAUAUUUGAUUAAUUUAAUGGUAUUGGGAAUUUCUGUGUUUGCAGUCUAAAUAAUUUGAUUACCAUAACUUCUGCAUUUUAUGUAUGCUAUUUUUAGAUGGGAGAAAAUAUUUUCAUGUCUCCAUAGAAAACACAGAUUUUGGUUGUGGUGUUUUAGUGCAAAACAUAGCUUGUGUUAAAAUUUAUUUGUUUUGAUUUUUUAAAUUAUUUAAGGUCAUGUAUAUGAAUACAUGUGUUAAUAUUAAAGUGACAUGUUAAGUUUAGUUGUAUAAAAUCUCAAAGAUUAGUUUAAAAUUAGUUGUAUUAAAAUAAUUUUAUUGUAAUAACAAAACCAUGAAACAGUUGACUUUUAUGUUUAAAGUUGAGAAUGUAGGAUUUGGUUUCAUUGCAAUUACCAUGGCAAUUAUUUUAUUUCUACAGUAUAGACACCAUUCUGUCCAACAAACUUACCUAUUAACACAUUUUUACUGUUAAAAGUGGCUGAAUUAUAACAAAACUCAGAAAAAUGAGGCAGUGUUGUGUAUUAGGUUUAGUGAUUGUUGGUUAGAUCUAUUAAUCAUUUAAGUAUUUAAAAAAAAAGCAAAUAUUUAAGCUGUCAUGUAGACAGGUUUCAUUUAGAUAAUACAAGAAUUCAAUGUCAUCUCAGCUGAACUUUUUAUUCCCUGACAUUCUCAACAUCUCGUUCCUAUCCAUGUAAUCAGCUUUCUAACAAAGAGGUUCGUAGUGUGCCAAUGGGACUGUAUAGUACCAAAUGUUUUUUUUCCCACUUAAAUUUACACAUACUGGUUUGCUUGACCAAUCAGCAAAAGAAUUAACUACCAAAAACAUGUGAAAUUUUUAAUGAAUUUAUUUAAAAGCGUGGUUUUCUUCUGUUGUGUGGUAAUUUAAUAAUUAAAAAUAGGAUGUGUGCGAUGAAAAGAAAAUUGUUUCCUUCUGUAUACUUAACAUCUGCAUCUGGAAAAGUUUUCAGAACACUUCAUUUCGAAUGUAUAAGGUACAAGCAAGUAGUUGAAAGUUAUGGAUGUGGAAAUAUACUGUAUACAUACACAUUCAUUUUUGCUAGAAACAAAAAAUUUUGCCCACUCAUUUUAGAAUACUUCAUUUGCAUUAUAUAUUUAAAUGACUAUCAUUGUCUCUUAUCAGAUUAGUAAAAUAUUUGCAAAUAUACUUAACUUUCAGCAUUUAUUUAGAUUAGCUGAUUACAUGGGAGUCUUAUCAUAAUGUCAUAAUUUCAAACCAUUUACAGUUGUUUAUUUUCUUUGCAAAAUUCUGAAUUUUGCAUUCUGCCAUAUUUUAUUAUGUUUUGAAUAUGGGUUUUCUCAAACACAGUUUCAUUGUUUUAGUGCUAGAAAGCAAUCUGACAAGUUUUAUACUAAUUCACAUUCUCUCUCCCUCUAUUUCUCUUUAUCACUAGUAUUUUAGUUCAUGAAAAAGUUUUUUUUUUCUGGCAUAGUAAUGAGGUAAGAUUUUUAGCACAUUCUGUUUUAUGAGAGCUCUUUAAGUAUUUUAUAAGGAUUCUAUUUGUAUGUCAGCUUUGAUUUUUAUGAUAACAGCUACAAUGAUGGUGACGGCUAAGAUUUAUACUACAGUUGCACGCCCGAAACAUCCAAGUUUGCGCAACUUCAGAACUUGCUUUUGGAAAGCUUAAGUAACAAUUAUUUUACUGCAUUGAUGUGGCUGACCUAACUUAACGAACCCUUCACUAAACUAUGGUCUCAAGGACCUUUAAAAUAUAUCACACUUCUGAAAUUGCAAAUUUUGGUCAUGUAAGUGAGGAUGAUAAGUAUUAGGCUAUUGUACAAUGAUGUCUCCAACACAGAAACCAUGGUACUCGUAAAUGCUGAUACCAAUUCCUUCAUUCUGAUUAAAUAGGUAUUUGUAUUUAACCUAAACAUUGUAGGUUUGGUGCUUUAUCAUAGCUGUGGGAUUACAAAAUAAGGCCAUAGGUUUGUGUGUAGGUAAUUUAGUUUUAAUAACUUGUGUUCACCAAAAUAUGUAAAUGUAUUUGAGGAACUGCACAUCUGUAUUCAGGGUACCUUUUGUAAAACAUGCAGCUGUUUUGGAGGUUAUGCUGCGAAAUGUCAAUUGUACUAAAUAUUUACAUAAUUGUAUAAAGUCCAGUGCAGCUUGGGAUUCACAUUGGCUGUUUGUAUGCCUAUGAAAACAAAUUUAGGGAACAGACUGAUCUCAUUUUCAUAUCUUCAAAUUUUUCCAAAGUUCAGGGAUAGUAUUUGUAUUAAGUAGAGGUCGCUAUAUUUCUAAUACUUAACAUUGUCAGGGUGUGUACAGUAGGUAUUGUAUAAUUAUUUUUCUUAUUUAUUUUUUUAGCUUUUAAAAUAAUUCAGACACAUGACAGAUGAUAUAAAAAAAAGUAUGUAUUUGUUAAAAUAUAGUUAUGUUGUGUGUUGUGGUUUGUGUGCGUAAGGAUGUUUUAGCUCAUUAUCUAAUAUCUUUGGGAAACAAUGUUAAACAUUUAGACUUUUUAAAUGACUUAAUUUUGGAGAAAUAAAAAUAAUUUUAUGUUGCUAAUUUUAUGCAAAAUUAGCUCUUUGACUUCUUAUAAAUCAGGAGAAUAAAAUUAAUGAUAAUACUGGAACUUUACAGGUUUAAAUUCAAUUUAAGGCUUUUUCAUGAUUGAGUUGAAAAAUUUUAAAAGAAAUUUAUUCAGCUUUACCUACAUGACAUUAUUGUUAGCAAAAAAAAUCAAUACUUGAAUUCAUUUAUUUUUCCUUGUUUGUAUGUUUAAAAAGUUAAAAUUCUGACUUUGACUACUAAUUGUUCAGUGUGCAACAGCUUUUUUUUUUUUGUUUCAUGUCACAGAAAUUGUUACAAAAAAUUACUAAAGGUUGAAAAAUUCAAUUAAAGGCAACACACUAUUCUUAAGCAUCCAAAUAUCUUGAAGUCACAUGUUGUUGAUUAAGUAUUGGGUUAAGUUCAGGUCAGGGCUGCCAAAAGAAAUUAAGUACGUGGGGGCAGAUAAUUUUAUCAAGCCCCUAAUACACGACUCUUCAAAACCCUCACUAUUUAAAAAAAAACCAAAAAACUGCAAAUACUUAAGAGAUUAUAAUGAUGUAUAAGUUUUUUUUAACAGCAUUUUAAGAAAAGUUUUCAAAUUUUUCACUUAAUAAAACAUAAUUUUCAUCCUUUUAUACCUUUUAAAAAAUAUGCUAAAAAAAUUUCUUUUUAAAACUUAACAAUUAUGUAUUACUGAACAACUUAAAAUAGAACAUACAUAAUAUUGAACAUCUUAAAAAUCAAUAAACGUGGAGUUUGAACAUAAUGAUUAGUUAAAAUUUUGAGAACUAUAAGAAAUUUCGGUAUCAAUUAUUGGCCUACUUACUUUAUUUUGCAUCUAUGAUAGGUGAUACAAACCCAAUAUUAAGUUAAUUUGUCUGACCUUUGUUAGUCUUUUCUUCUUUUUGAAGCUUUUCAUUCCAUUUUUGCACACCUUAUUUAUGUUGGUGUUUCAUAAUUUUCUUGAAAAAAAUAGGACAUUACAUUUUAUGUGACUUGCAUCUUUAAGUAAAUAGAUAAAAUAAAAUACGUAGUAGCACUUAUUAUUAUUAAUGAACCUAACAAUUCUGCUCUCAUUUCUAACUCCGAAACAAAAUUAGAUUUAAUAUGUCGUGUAACAAAUAUUUUUUAAGCUACCCUAUUUAUUAUCUACAUGUUCAGUGUUACUCACCACAUGAGAUUUUGCAUCUUUGUACUUAAAGGUCAUUUAAUUAAUGUUCAAAGUAAACUGGAGACAAUUGGUUAAAAAAAAACACACACACACACACACACACAUACAUACAUACAUACAUUAUAUAUAUAUAUAUAAUCUAUAACAUGAUUAUGCUUCACCAACUGUGUGUGUUGUGCCUACUGUAAGAUGCUAAAACUGAAAAAAAAAACAGUCAACAAAUCAAGGAGCAUACAUAAAUGAGAGUUACUGGCUGCAACCGAAGCUGUCCCACUUGUUAUCUUGAAAUAACAUCUCUCGCACACAUCAACCUGUCGUGGCCGGCAGAUUUUUCACUGCCUUAUCAGGUUUUUGACAUUAUGCAUCCAAGCGAUAACCAACAUGAAACAAAAUAGAAAAUAUCUCAUAUAUGUAUAUUUUUUGUCUUUCCAUAUAGUCUUUUAUCGUAACUUUCUUCCAGGCAGAUUUGCUUCUACAAAGUUAUCGUGGCCACGAUUAGACGCGAUAUGAGCAUGUAGCAUAACUUGUAAUUUUCGUCCUGCUGUCAGGAUAAAUCCAUACAUUAAAAAGUCUUGAAAUGUCACGGUGCCCCCCUGGUGACCGGACCCUGGAGAUUUUUCCCCCCUUCCCCCCCCCCCCCCUUCUCCCCCCUCCCCCACUCAUUUGAAAGCCCUGGUUCAGAUUAGUGGUAGGUUAGGAUAGCAAAUAUUUGCUUUGCAAGUUUUGAUACAUGAAUAAUUAUUCUCUGUAAACAUUUCUUAAGAGAAAAUUAGAGUGUAAUUUAAAGGUCUGGUAAUAAGACAUAAAUGUGAAUCCUCUUAGUCUCAGUUGCUAACUGAUCUCCUUCAUGUCAGGAAAUGUAGAAGUGUUAUUCAUCGACGUUCUUCAUGCCAUUGUACAAUCUUAAGGACGUGGAUACCAUUACUUAGUUGAUCCAGAAGGUUUAUACUUGUGAGUCUCCAGGACGACAUUGCAGAUCUUAUGUAUUGCAGCCAUACAAUUAAUAUUAGGCAAUAAAUUAAAGUUAGAUAAAUACUUAAAUUUUUAUAUACCAUAGCGACCAUUGUUAAUGAUUGUUUAUGGUUUAACAUUAAAAGAAUAAAGAGGUAACUUUGUCUGUUUCCAACUAAGCACAUCGUGAAGAAAAUUUGAGUAAUUCUAUCACAGUGAAAUUUUUUUUUUUUUUAUAUUUUGAAAAGCUGUACGGUAUAACUAUAAAUACAAUAAAUAUGCAUUAAUCUUAGUUGAGCUUGAAAGGAAUAUAUUGUAGUUAUUAUCUAGGAACUUUGUUUCUUUUUCUUUAUUGUCACUGUGAUAAUUUUCAGUACUAAUCAUUUGUAUAUGAAUCCAUUGCACAUAUUCAUGGUAUUUUGUAAGUGCAUGUUGGAAUUCUUGUGUAUGUACAAGUGAUUAUGGCUUGGUAUCCAGUGGCGGAUCCAGGAUUUUGGUUUGGGAGGGGCUUGACCCAUCUGAGGCUAGGCUUUAUCAAGGCAAACACUAAAAACAAUAGUGGACCCAGAUGCUUUUGGAGGGGGCUCGAGCCCCUUAGCCCCCCCUCUGGAUCCGCUACUGUUGGUAUCUAAAGAAGAUGCAUGGAAAUUAAGUUUUAUUCUCCCUAGUCUAUUGUGUCCUCUAAGUGAGUCGGGUUCUGAUUAAGGUCUGUUUUGACUGGGCCUCUUAACUUUUACCGCAUAGGAUGAGGUCAACUGCAGAUUUGAGUGUUCAGUUUGAAAUUACUAAAUCUGGUAACUUGUGAAAGGUUUUAUGUUGCAUAUUUUGUUUUGCAUAAGAUUUUAAUUUUGUGUGUGUGGAUGAAAAUGUAUAUAUAUUUUUUCAUUGUAAUUAUGUAGAUGAAAAAAAUUACACCAAAGGAAAAAAAACUGUCAUUGCAGUUUUAACGUAACCAAAUGAAAAUAAUAGUGUUGUUUUGUAAAAUUUGCAAAUUUUUUGUGUAUUUCUGAAAUAUUAAUCGUUAAUGAUGAAAUAUAUAUCUGUAAUUGAAUUCGUUCUUAUCUAUUGAAAUAAUAAAAAAUAUAUAUAUUUUUACUUAAAUUACAAAAAAUUUUCAAUAUGUUAAUUUGUGAUGAAUUGCUUCAUUCAUAUAUUGGUAUUAACUGCAGCUAUGCAAGACUGUCACAUAAUUAGUUUGUUUGGGAAACAAGAUGAACUUAAACUUACGUAAUUAAAAAUGUAAGCCCGUAGCUAAAUUCGUACAUGAUCAAGAUUAUAGUUCCUGUCUUCCCUCCUAACAUGCUUUACUAGUAAUAUUCAGUGUUUAUAACAUUUUUGCUCUGAAUAGUAGUUAUGAAAUAUUCUAAACCAUUUGUUGUAUUUUGAUUGUAAGUUAUAUAAAAAGAAAGUAUGUAUGCGUUUUAUUUUUGUCAUGGUUUAAAUGUGAAUUUAUGUGUACAAAUACUUAAAUAUUUGUGUUACACAAAGGUGAACAUGCUUUGGGUUCGUUUCAGUUUUGACUGGGACUUAGCAGACAGUUUUUUCUAUUUGGAAUUUUUUUUAUAACCAGUGAGGUUACACUACAUUGAGGUUUUAUUCUGUCAAUUUAGUUUUUUCUGUAAUUCCAACUCUGAAUGCCUUCUGGUCACUACUAUCUGCUAGUCACACAUUACAUUUAAUGUUCUAUGAAUGUUGUUGUUUAGGAGUCCCUUAUUGAAAAACAAAUUAUGUGGUUUAUGGAUUGUGCAAUUUUUAGUUUUAUUGGUAUUAGGAUGUAAGUAAAAAACAUUUUUAAGAUGUGUGAUUAUUGUGGAAUUAUUUUGUUAUGCCAUGUAAUGCAAUAGGUUCCUGUAGCUUAAACAGUGUUUCUAGUCAUUCUUCAUUUAGGUAGUAUUAGAUUUAAAUUAAACUUGUAAAUAGUAGUAGUCUUUGUGGGUUUCACAUGCUAUUUUUACCAUCACAAUUUCUUUAUGUAAUCAUCCCACAUAAUAAAAAAUUGUACUUGCCAAUCUAGACAUUUGGCUUACAAGAAUGUAAAUAUGUACUAUGUUUUAUUGCAUAAUUGUCGCACAUUUUAUGGUAAAAUAAAGUUUAAAUAGAAGGGAUGCUAUUUUUAUGCAAAAAAAUCAUUUUUUUAUGUAAAGUUAUUCAUAAAAACAAAACCUAUUCUUGGAAAGUAUGUAUAUUUAAAAAGUAAAGUAUAUAAAAGCAUGCCAAACAAUUCAUAUUACAGUAUAAUCCCGCUGAUGUGACCCCUCAUGGUUUCCGGAAAAAACUGACUUAUAAACGGAAUGGUCGCAAUAGAGGAUUCGGGCCAUUUCCCCCCCCCCCCCUCCCCCCAAUUAUAAAGUGAAUUUGCGUCACGCGAGUUCGGCUAUGCUAGCCGGCUGGUUGUUAUUUUCGUUCAAAACGUGGCGAAGGAACUUGUGUGGAUCAGGUAGAAAACAUUCGGCUAUAAACGAAAGAUAUAAGAACAAUGCUAUCCUGAAAUGCUAUGACAUGUUUUUGGAGUAGAUAAUCACAGCGACAGACCGACAGGAUGCGCUCCCGUCCUUGCAGUCAGCGAUGUUUAUUUUGACAGCUCAAGCAAUUAUCUUUUCCACGUCCCUUCACAGCAUAAAAAAAAAAAAAAAAAAAACACGUGUGGACGAGUAAGUGAGGGGAAGGAGAGCGGAACUGCUGGCUGCGCACGCAUCUACUCGCCAGUCGCCACCGUCUGGCGGCGCGCGCGUACGUGUGUGAGGCUGGCGACCAGCAGCAUCGUUAGCUAGCGAGAGUGUGAUGGUAAAUGUCGACCUUGACCACUUCCGCUUACUGCAGGGCUUGCUCUCUUUUAUCUCUGUCUCCCCCUCCCACAAAUAUAUUGGCUGGCAGGUCUCGCCCUCUUCACCUUCUUUAUCUUAUCUCUCACGCACACUUGAAGCACCUAAUACGUCGCGCCCCUCAAAUUUUUCAAUUUCAAAUUGCUGCCUUCCUUCUGUACUGAAUUAUAAUUUCUUCUCUCUUUUUAAGAAUCGUGAAGAGAGUAGACUUUGGAAUGCCAUAUUUCUGUGCUAUCUUCGUCUUGGAAAUUGUCUUCUUAUCCACUUGCUGGAUAAUCUCAUAAUUUUCAUUAGCGACAAACUGGCUCGCUUUAUACUCAUUUUCACUAAUCCACGAGUCCGUGUAAAUUGAAAAACGAGUCACAAUCGUCAAACGGGACCGGGACCGAGACGGCAAUAGACGCGCGCGUAGAUGCUAUCAGGUGAUGCGCGCAGUUUACCGGUAUUGGCUAGCGUGGACAGUCUAGAUGGGUGGUAUCUAUUUUUAGCCGUCUUUUGUCUGCCUGCUUACAGUACAGCGCUCGCCAAGAUAAACGUGAACACACAGCGCCCAACAAAGUGUAACAGACUUGUUUUUCAGCCGAUUUUACUCAAAUUUUCGACUUUCUCUGCUCAAAUUUUUCACGGUUUCUCAAAAAACGGUUGUAUAAACGGAAUGGACGCAUCAGAGGGGGGUCGCAUCGGCGGGAUUCUACUGUAAUAUCAUGCAACGAAAACAUUUUGUUCAACUUUAAAUACAAAGAUGAAAACUGUUACCCAAACGUGAGCCAGAAUGCAUAACUAUUGUAGUACAUACCACGAAAGAGUGCAGGCUAUCAAAUGUAGUUAACUCAGCACUAGACAGAGCGUACAUGUUGCAUGCAAUCGGUGAGCAAUCCAAAUUGAUAUUUGACUACAUGUGCGCACUCUAUACGGGAACCAACAUAACCAAACUUUAACGAUUCCAGCACUUUGAAAACAUCUUUAAAAGAACAUUUACACAUCACACAAUAAGUAAGCAGUAAUAUCCAAAUGAAUGAUAGAUUUAAGUUUUAAAAUACAUUGUUUUAUACUGUUAUCUCCUGCAGCGACUCAAAAAGAGUUGCCAAGGGAGAUAGGGUGGGUUUUUAUCUUGCAAAAAAAACUUAAACAGUUUUGUGUACAAGACGCUUUUAUUGGUUAUAACAAAACACACGAGAAACAUGCAAACUCGAUAUUUAUACGUCGCUGUUUGCUUCAGUAGCAGAACUCUGUUAACAGCAAAUGGCUGACGGUGUCUGUGAACACAAAUUACACACUUUUACUUCCAUGCAACGAGUACCAACACGGAACGAAUAAUAACCCUGACAGAUACAUUUAGAUAUUAUGAUAGCAAUGGGAACAAACAAUGUAACUUUUGUAUUAAAAUAUUCUUUGAAUUAUUUUACUGAUACUUCCAAAAAACUAUGUUGUAAAAUUAAAUUAACUUUACACAAUUCAAAUCAUUAACUGGACUUAGACUUAUAACAUUACGCAAAAUUACAAGAACUUUAUCUUACACACAAUUCACAAUAUAUACUUGACUUAGACUUAUACUAUUAACAUACGCCGCGAGUUUGGGUCCUCCCUCCAUUUAUAUAACAAACAUUUAAAUCAGACCCCUAGUGGCGUUUUCGCCUACACUCUAUUGAGGUGCGGCCAACUCGUAGUCUUUAUUCCUAGUUCCGGCUUUUCGGCGUCUCAGUCUGGUCUCUAUUAGUUAACUACUCUAUGUACAAAGUCAAUUCCGGGUAAGUUCGCCAACACUGCCUAUAAACCCUCGUCGCCGUAUGCGGACAACGUAGAUGUCGACCUCCACUCUCGUUGCUCCGACUCGCUCGUUCGCCACUCGCUGAGCGAGUGUUCCUAAUCGAAAGUCUGCUACCCUCACUAUUUACCUUCAGGGGGUAUUCGCCCACCCCUGAGGACGUCAAAUUCGAUUAGCAGCUUUCCUCAUAAUUACUCGCCGAGCGAGUUCCUACUCGCUCCUGGUGAGUAUUGGUGGCGAGUUUCUUUUUGUCGUGGCGUCUGAUGCUAAGUCCGUUUUUUUCGUGGUAUGUCGUCUGCGGCUAAGUCCCGAUCCAGAGUGAAAAAGUUAAAGUUCCACUUACGGCCUUGUUGGAAUUCGGCUAAGUUCCACCUCGGCUUCGGACAGAGGUGAUAGUCUCCGCCGCUGCAGGCAGAGUCCGGUUGGGACCUCUGGAUGCAGAGUGACUGUCUCUCUUGGCGGAGCAGCGAUCCCUUCUGCCCCGGGUGCGGAUUUUUCUAAGUCGGCAGCGUCGUGGUGCAGCGAAGUUUCGGGCGUCGUGGGUGAUGGCGGCAGCGUGACGAUUUGUAGUCUUCUUCGGAGCGGUGGUGUAAGCCAAAGCCUCUGGCUAGUAGCCAGGCACCUUCUGCUUGCUGCUUGCUAACAAACCCGUAUUUAUACCCGGCGAGCCCCGAGUGACAUCAUCAAGAGCCAAUCAGCGCAACCCCGAAGUGACGUCAUCAAGAGCCAAUCAGCACAGACCCGAAGUGACAUCAUCUAGAGCCAAUCAGCGCUCACUGCGUUGUUGCUAAGGGCUCGGUCGCCUGUGAGCCUCGGGUCGCCUGUGAAUUCCGGGUUUCCUGGGGCCUAGGAGUUAUGCAACCUCUUAGACUCCCGUUUAUUGCUGUUGUCCUGCCUUUUAGGGGAUUCUCGUUAGGUAGGAUUUUCCUACCAUAACAAUACAGGAAAAGAAGUUUAUGGGCAACAAAAAACUUAUAUCUUAUUAAGAAAAUGACGGGACCAAAACAUUUGACUAUAUUGGACAGUUGUGAGGUACAUCUUAAAUGCAUAUUGUAAUUACUGUAUUUUCCUAUAAUAACUACCGAACUGCCUGACAGUAACUUAAAAACAGAUUGCUGUGCUGUGCAUGGUGCCUUAUCCUGUCAUUUUUACCACCUACAUAAAGUACUUGGAAUCCAACAACGAGAUCAAAAACUUCAUGCGACGUUUAUGCGAGAAUUUUUUUCCAAAUUUUGACACCCUAAAAUUAUGGUGCGACAAUUAUGCGAUAUAGACAGUACUAUUGUAAAAAAUAAUUUUUAGUAUGUUAUGACUAAGUUUCUGUAUGUGUGUGAAAUGUUAAAAAUUAAAGUUUGUGGUUUAUGUUUUUAAUUUAAUUUACCACUCUCAGGUAGCUGCUAGGUUAGGAAAGACAUUGUUUAUGUGAAUGAUACAUUUGGCGACACUUGUAAUCUCAUACACUUGCAGUCUAAAGGCAUCUUUGCUGAGAGACUGCUUGCAAGUAUGGUGAGAGAAUGAUUAUUGGUUAUGCCCCUUGAAUAAGCAGGAUCAUCAAAGCUUAUACUAACUUAAGAACUGCAGUUAUCUGUUACUGCCAUAACCAUUUCGUUUCUUUUUAUGCUGUGACUGUCCCUAACUUACUCCCUGAUCAAUACAACUCUAACCCCACAUCACAAAGUUAAGCUGUUGUAUUUCUGACCCAAAUUGUUUGCUUGAACAGGGACGAGUUCGUAAUAGCUUGUGUGUGGUAUUUCGUAAUCUAUUUUAACUGAUAAAUAUUUUGCAUUUAAACUGCAAUAGUUCUUUGAGUAUUACUUGGCAGUAUUUUUUUAAUAAUCAUUUUAUACUUGGGAGCAAGAAAAUGUCCUUUGUAGAAUCUUCCUUUUUCAGUGACAUUUACACUAAUUUACACAUAGUUGGCAGAAGGUAGAAGGAAAGCCGCUGUUUUUUUGUGGUGUUCAUGUUUAGUCACUUCACGGCAAAGCAGUCUCGUCAGAACAUGUUUAUUUACUUUUGAUGUUAAUGUAUCUCGGGGAGAUGUGUAGUAGUUAUGGGCAUACUUAUAUUCGUAAAUACGAAUACAAAUGUAUUUAAAAAAAUUAUUUUCUAUGUAUUUGGAUAUGAAUAUAUUCAUAAAUACAGGUGUGACUACAAAUAUAUUUAUAUUUGCAUGUGUAAAUACAACUAAAGGUGUAUUUGUAUUUUCAUACAAAUUUUAAUAUUUGCCAUUAGAGAAUACAAGUACACAAAUAAAAUACUUAUAUUGAUGUUUUUGUAUUCACAAAUAUGUAAAAAUAUUCACUUUCACAUAUUUGUAAUCACCUGUCUGUAAAUACGAGAAUUUACCACUUUCAUUCAUAUUUACGCUGUUUUCUCAAGCUCUAGACCACAAUUUUGUUUAUUUCCAAACAUCCUAGAGGAAAACUUAUGGUUCAGUCUUCACUGAUCCAUCCUCUCCCUAAAAUAUACCCUUUAAGAAUUAAAAACAAAUUAAAUGUAUAUCAGAAGUUAAAAACAUCAUAUAUGUACAGUUAUAUCUUAUGCAAAAAUAAAAUACACACAUGUAACAUAAUGUGUAGCAUAAAAAAAAAAAUUAUUUUCUAUCAAAGUUGAAUUUAAUCAGUGGCUUUAAAUAUAUGAUAAAAAAACUAAAAACCUUAUUAUUUUAAAAGCAAAAUACAGAAUUAUAUGUUUAACUAUGCUGUAGUCUGUAUCUUAUGUUGCACGAAUUGAAUCACUACAUAGAAUAAAACAAAGUCGCUUCCCGCUGUCUGUCUGUCUCUAUGUUUGCUUAGAUCUUUUAAUUUACGCAACAGAUUUUGAUGUGGUUUAUUUAAUAGAUAGAGCGAUUCAAGAGGAAGGUUUAUAUGUAUAAUACAUGCAUAAUAUAGUAGAGAAACACUGAUCAUUUUAGAGGUUUCUAAUGUGAUGUCGUAAAUAAACACAUUUUUUUGCGCUUACAUUGCAAACGCUGGUUGAACCCUACGAGAUAGAUCAAAAUAAUGUACUACAAGUAUUGUACACCUUAAAAAGGUCUACAAAAAAGUCCGCGAUGAUAUAUGUCUCUCUCUUAGGGAUAACCCACAAUUACCAUUUUUUAUCCUUUACUUUUUACGAGAAAUAAUAGCUUAUUCACGAAGCGAUUUGAAGCAAUAUAGCAUUAAUCCUUAUCCAAUUAACUACCUUAAAUACAUUAUGCAUUUAAUAUAGAUCAAUAUAGCCCUUUACAGUAUGUAAUUUAAAUGAAUAUUUUUGAUGAUAUUACAGAUUUAAAAUGCAGGGACAUAGCGGUUGCGGCGGCGCGUGCCUAUAAAUAGCGCGUCGAAGGCCGCGCUUCGCCCUACAGCACUUUAUGAUUAGCAGCGAUCGCACACGUUUCUGUAGUAUUAUUAGUGUCAGCAUUGCACAUGCGUGUAGCCGGGGCGGGUCGCUAGUACAAAAUAAAAUGAUGUAUAUACAUAUAUGUUUGCUGAUUUGUUUGUAACAAACUGUAAUCAAAUAAUAGAGGGUAUUAAAUGUUAUUUACUUCUAAUUGUAAUAGUGUGUUACGAAAAUGAUUUGCUUGUAAAAUAGUAGGGAUUAUGCAAAAAUAUUUCUUAUUCAAUGUUUUUUUUUGUAAGAAAGUUUUAAUCCACACAAUUUACUACGAAUCCAACGUAUGUUUAGGAUAGGUUUGUAAUACAGGUUUUCUUAUAGUUCAUUUGUAGUUGGCAAUUUUUUAGUGAAAGAAAUGGCAGUAGUGUAGAAUGUUCAAGGUCCACAAGUUUGUUGAAAUUUAAUACUCUUUGUAGUUUUUUUUAGAAGAUGAGGUGCAACUGUUAGAGUCUUGGCUUCUACAAGCAAAACAAUGGCAUUCAAUAUGCCAAAUUCAUUCGACUCAAUGUGAAAAAUUUGAAAAACAUGUUAUAUUAGAAGCAUACUCAUCAUUUAACUCAUGAGUGAAGUUGACUAUAGGGAAGUAGAAAAAAGGUGAUUAAUUGUGGUUUUGUGGAUUUGGUAUAGAAUAUAUUUUGAACGAUGUAAUUCAAGACAUAUGUAUUUUGGUGCACUAUUUGUUUCAAAAACUAAGGAUAGCUAUUAUUCAUCGUAAUGCCAUAAUUUUACAUCAACCUGUUAGCUUUAUUAUAACCAAAAAAAUAUUGGUUUCGUAACAAUAAUUUCUGCUAGUAUUUUUUAUAACUACAAUUUUUAAUUAAACUGUAUUUCUUCUUAAAAUGUUAAAAUGCUGUUAUUUAUAUUUCCUUGUACGUUUGAAGCACUUGAAUUACACUAAAACCCUGUUAAGAUAUUUUUCAAGGGAAUGGAUGCUAAAAACUUAUUAACAGGGAAAAAUUCAUUAAAAGGUAAAUACAUAGUUAAAAUUCAGUUGCUUCAUAAAAACAAAUUUUACUCAAAUGAAAUACUGUAUUAACUCAAAAAUUACACUUACAUAUUAUUUUCGUCAGCGUGCCGGAAAUUCUACACAAGUAUCAGUAAACUGAAUUAUUUAAAAAUAAUUUUAAUUCAAAAACCACAAUGAAAAUUAUCAAAUCAACACUAGUAAAAAAAACAGUAACUGGUAUUUACUGUUUUGAAAAAUACUGGGUUACAGUUGUUUGUUUUAACACAUUUUCAGACUGACGCAUCACAAAAUUGUCCAGUUCCCACAAGCUCUUCUUCACACUAUCUGGAACAUUUUGUGUAUAUACCAACCUUCAUUUGUUUACACUUUGACGUAACACCAGUAGCCAAAAGUUGGUCCUGCUGCAUCAUGAUUUUCCAAAUUUUUUUGCCAAACUCACUCUUGGUAUCAAUAUUAUUUUCAGUUUUUCUUCAAAAGCCAAUGCCUUCCGUUUAAUGGAUCUUCCACUACUUGUAGAUGCCAUUAUGCACUGUUUUUCACAACACUAAACAUUUAUUAUGCUUGAGAACCUUAAAAUCACCCCGAAAAAGAUCCCAAACUAAAACCCCUUAUUUGCGGGUUAUCAAUUACCUAUUAUUUACUGAGCAUGUUACAAAGUGCACGCAAUGCUUGCCAAAAAUUAAAAAAAUUCCAACAAGUCAACAAAUAUUGGCUGGUGAUAAUCUGGUUUACUGUGAAUUUGUAAUGUGGUAUAACUCGAACAGGGAAAAUGAACAGCCUCUCAGUCUAAACGAUGCAAGCAGAUGAUUUGUCAAAAAAUUCACUUUUAACAGUGUGUGGCGUGUGCAGUGCAAAUUAUUUCAUUAUCGUUUGAGAAUAAAAACUUAAAAUUUUAAAAAUUAACAAUAAAUAGUUUAAAAGUUUAAAGAUAAACAUUAUUUUAUUUUUUUUUCCACAAAUGCUGAACAUUAUAUGCGGGAAGCAUCUAUUAACGCAAAUUUUAUGAAUGGGAAAAAUUAACAUAGGGAUACUGUAUAUGGAAGUGAUCAAGGGAAUAAUUUUGUGAACUUAAUAAGCGGGAAACCUAUUAUGCAGGUACAUCUUAAGUGAGUUUUACUGUAAUUUCUUUUUAAGUAAAGCAUAUGAUGAUAUAAUUUUUUUUGGUAUUCUAUUCAUGUAAUAGUAGAUACAGACUACUGCCAUAUUUAAUUAAUGGUUUUUCCUUCAUUUUAAAACUUUAAUAUUAUUCUUAAAUAUCACGUGUUCAUAUAUUUUUUGAAUACACUGAUUCAAUUCAAGUGUGAUAAGUGAUUAUUUUUGUAUAAGCUACAUAUUGUAAUGCCAAUUUUUUGUGUAAAUUACCUUUGCCUGAGAAUAACAGUAUAUUAUGUUUUUAGUUCAUUGAAGCAUGUAAUAUGUAUUUAGCUAUUAAAAGGUAUGUUUUAAAGGGAGGGUUUACCGUUGGAGUGUAUACUAUAAUUUUCCUCUAGGAAGUUGGGAAGAACACAAAAUUAUGGUCUAGAUAUGGAGAAAACAGUAUAAAUAUUAAUGGUGUUAAAUUCACGUAUUUACUGAUAGGUGAAUACAAAUAUGCAUAUUUGAAUAUGUGUACAUAUUUGCAAAUACAAAUUUACUAAUAUGAAUAUAUAAUUCACAUAUUUGUAUUCUGUAAUAUGUGUAUAUAAAUAUUCACACAAUAAUACAAAUUUGACUUUUUUUUAUCCAUGCCUGAAAGUAUGAAUAUUUCUUAAACACACCUGUAAGUACGAAUAUAUUCAUCUUCACAGAAAAUAAUUUUUGUGAAUACAAUCAUAUUUGUAUUUCAAAAUACAAAUAUGCCCAUCUCUUAUGUGUGGGUGUGGAUUAUUUCAAUUAAUUGUUCUACACUCUUGGUUCAGUUUUAGAUGAACUGUUUUGGAGCCCUGUUCCAGAUCUACUUCCAACUCAUUGUCUAAUGUUCUGCCACACAUCAAAACUAACAUUGAUGUGGGCCGUGAAUUGUGUGAAACUUUAGGUGCUAACAAUGGAGUCUCUUAAUAACCUCGGUGCCAACGUAACUGUUUGUAUACCAGUCUAUAUAUACUCUCACUCUUUCACAGAACUCACUGCAAGUUUUUGUAACUUUUUUAUCGUAAUGUUUAUACUAGCGUGAAUAUACUGUAGUCACUUAAAUGCAAUGUAUGUUUGAAAACGAAGGCAUAAAACUUUAAUAUUGUAAAUAGCAAUGUAAAUAUGCACCAACUAUGGGAAUAAAAAUAAUUGCUUGUGGAAUAUAAUUUUGUCUAUAUUAAGCUGAAGCUGAUGCUGCAUAAAUGUAUGUUGCUGCAGUUGGAAGGAAUGAGAGUACUUUGUUAAUCUAAAUACUACUAUUAGCCAUUGUUAUAGAAUAAGUAUUAAUUACAUUUUCAUUUGUAGGUUGCAACAAAAUUUGAGCAAAUACCUACAGAUGGAAAUAAGAUAUUUGACUGAUGCCCUAUCUAUUCUAAGAUGCACCUCUCUGUGGAAAUAAUACUGCCCCAUACUAAAUAAUUCAUACCAGUAUUUGACACAUAGGCAGGUGGCAUAAACAAUAUUGCUGGGAAAAUUUUGAAACUUUUGUAAUGGCUUAUAAACUCAAAUUUGGUUGAUUAACUUCAGCUGCUCAGACUGGAAUGAGCUUUUCGUUCAUUGCCAGGCAAUGAAGGAUGGUUGAGAGGAGAGUCGUGUCUGAGUGCGAAUUUGAUUGGAGCAUAGUGCAGUCCAUGAGGCUAUCCAACCAAGAUAUCUGUUACAGGAAACUCUUUUGUACAUUUAUAUUUGGGAGGGGAUCAAUUACUCAGCUUUAAGUAUUGUUUGGGGAAGCUCUUCAACAGUCUUGAUUCUGCCCUUCAGGUCGAUUAUAUUGUCAAAGAAUUCAUUGAAUACACACCAGGAAAAAUAUAGGCUAGUAGCACAUACAACCUGGAAAUGUCUAGCUCAAACUCACACUUACAGCAUUUUAAGAAUUUCAGUGAACAUUAUUGUACUCAAUCCAACAAUUUCCAUGGCAGUGGUGUGUAUUUGGUCAAUCCGGCUUACAGCUUCAGGCUCAACUAAGUAGUGUUCAUUUGUAAACACUAUUUAUAUUGUUUUUGGGAACGAUGGGAGUAAAAAUUUCAAGGCAUAAGUUUAAUGCUACUUUAUUGUGAAACAUUGUUGUGAAACGAAUUCUGACGCUAAUAGGUUGCAGACAUUGCAGAAAACUUGUCGGAUCCCGUUCCCUUGAACGGGCUCCACAUAGCGUGAGGCUCAGGUUGAACCCCGCCAUGCUGCAGGGAUAGCGAGUCGCGGCGGUAGGGACCCACUCGCGCCUGACGCCAUCCGACUUGCUGGCAUCUAGUAAGGCAGUACUUGAGCAGAGGGAAACACAACAGGAUUUGAGCUUAUGUACACCGCAUCACAGGCCAUAUUCUUUCAAGUACGUAUUAUUUUAAUUAUGUACUUGUAUAAAUUUGUAUUGUUAAAAUGUUAAAUAUUUAUUGUUGUUGUGUAAAUAAACAUUGUUUGUGGUAUAAUGCUUUCACACUUUAUUUUGAGACAGUAAUUAUUGGUCACAAAUUAUUAUUUAACGAAAUCACACACCAUAAUAUAAUUAUGAGUCCACGAGCAUGUAAAUAUUGUAAGUCCAACUAAGAAUAUGCUAGUUUAAAAUAAAGUCCAAACAAAUCCUGUGCAUGGAAUAUUGUUUUUAUUUCUAUUUUUAUCAGAUUUUAAUGAAUACAAAUGUUAGGAUUCUUAAAUACUUGAAAAAGAAAUGAAAGAAAAAAUAUCUGAGUUGUUAUUGUUUAGAAAAUUGUUUUCUUUCUCGCUCUCUCUCGCAGCUGUUUUACACCUUAAGAUAUACUUAGAGUUCGAGGUUUGAAUUGAAGAAGUUUCUCUUUUAUCAUGUGUACAGUGUUACACGUGCUUUUUUUUUUUUUUUUUUUUAAUGUUGCCUGCUAUAUUGAAAUACAUUUAAAACAUUUGGUGUAAACCCCAUACCAGGGGUCGCCUAAGGGUCACUGACUCCUCCACUAAGCGCCAUGGGUCAAGACCUAGCUAGCUCAUCAUACCAGCAUACUGUCAAACUACGGCAGGCUGGAUACCGGGAAUGUCCGGCCCGUAGUAGUGUUGGCUUGUGGGCUGGAGUUUGGAGACCCCUGCUCUGAACUAACCCUUACAUGUGAUAACAUUUUCUCCAAAAUACCUUUGUGACAGUUUGUAUGGCGGCGUUAUUAAAUAUCAAACUUGACAAGCUUGACUUCUAUAAUGAGCAGUGCAGUAACAUUGUACAUGAAUUUCGCUUAACUUUUCAUUAUUUAAUUUCCAUCCCAAGAAGUUUUAUCAGGGUGUCUGAAUAAAUUUGAGACUGAAUAUUGUAGGUUAACAAAUGUACAUUGUUAUUGUAGAUAUUCUUGUGUAUCUGUACUAUAUAUCCUACACACACUGUGAAUUCUCCCCUUAAAAAUCAUUUGCUUGAUUUUAAGUUUUUAAAUUCACUUAAACUAAUUUAAAUUAUUUAAAGCAUUACUGUUAAUCUGUACUUAAUGUUUCUUACAGUUUUGUUUACAAACAUGUACUUUUUUAAACCAACAUUAUUUUGUAACUGCAACGUAUGGGAACUUUUAUCAUUGUCGUAUCUGAUUACCUGUGUAAUUUGUUGUUUAAUGUUCUCAACAGUUUAUAUAAUUAUACAUAUAUAUCUGUACCUUGGAGGCAUAAGACAUUUAGGGCAAUGCACAUUUAACCAUAAGCUUGACCAUUUGAUGUUAUUUCUAUUGACAUACUACACUAAGCUCUACAAUGUGUCAAAAUUAAUGUAUUUUGGGUACAAAACAUUUAAGCAUAUACAUAAGACUCUAUUUAAAUUCUUUAAACUGCUGUCUCUAAAUGUAGAUUUUGUGAUAUUGCAUUUUAUGCUUUCGAGGAACAGAUAUAUAGAGUCUCCUGUGUUAGAAAUUUCACUCAAAUGUUUGUUCUCCGUACAAAACAUCUUGGUGAAUGAACACUAUUGAUGGGGGGCUAUCUUCAGUCAGUAUUCCUGUAACAAUCUGUAAACAGCCAAGCUGUCACAAAUACCAGCUUGUAAAUAUGAUGUUGCAAGGACCAAUGGCAGACAACCCAAGUUCUCAUAGCUAAAAAGUUUGACUUGGGCUGUAUCUAUUGCUUUUACAAGCAUGUUUGUUAUUGGAAUGUUAUACAUGUUGAACAUUUAUUCAAAUUUUUGUUUACAUUCAAUAGCUAUUGUUUUUAAAGUUUGGUUGGCUCGUAUCAGUACAUGCAUUGUUAUUGAGAAAUGUUUGUUUCACAUUUUAUGCUUAUGAAUUUUGUUGAAAAUGUGAGCGAACUUAAAAUAAAACAAUUGAUUGACUGGGUUCCUCCUGAAA